GCAAGCUUUUCUCUUGUUCGGAAAGCGAACUGGAGGCGCAGGCCGAAACGACCGUGUUCAGUUUCUUCCAGUUCUGCCCUGACAAGCAGUUUUCCACGCUGGCCGCGUCCCUGCCAGGCGCAAAUCGCGCAAAUCGCGGCCGCCUCGCAGCCAGUGCACACCGUCGCUUCCACCUGUGUUUGAGUUUCUCUCCAUCUGCCGAGAGCGGAGAAAGAGUGCCUGCUUUUCUCAACCACCCAAACUUUUCCUCCUGGUCUCAGAAGUACUCCUCGCCGUUCCUGUCGCCCUGGCUUUCCGACGGCCUCUCCUGCCUCCGCGCGCAGCCUGCCGCUGUCAGGGAUUUCCGUCAGCGGAGAGGAAAAGCAGAGGCCAACUUCUUCUCUCCAGACGGCCGUGAGGAUGGCACUCUCUGUAGCAUUUCGUCGCUGAACAAGGUUGGAAGGAGCCUUGUCCUUUCUAGAAAGGCACGGGGGCGGAACCACUGGCGAAUGGGGCUUGCGCUACCUGCGUCGGAGAACCGUCUCUCUCUCCGCGUUCUUGUCUCGUUCUCUGGAGCGUCUUCGCAUUCUCGUCUUUCUUUCACUCUCUCUUGCCUCUCUGUGUGUCGCUCUUCAUAUCAGCGUCCCUCCAUUUCUCUGUCUUCUGUGUUUCAAUGGCGGCGACAGGAGUUUCCCCUCGCUCCGAAGUGUAGCGUUUCAUGCUGACAACGAAGCCUUCCUUUGGACAAAAGAAUCACAUCUGCGGAUUCACAGUUGGCUUUUCGGCUACCACCAUAAAAGUAAAUCCGUAGUCCAAUCUGUUGAGUCUCGAGGAGAUUCGAGCGUUUGGACAUCCUUGCGCUGCCGCAGGGGCGCGGUGGUAAACAGAAGCUCGCUUCCUCCGCUCUACGUUCCCCUUCGUUUCCUCGUGAUCACUCUCUCCUGGAUCUUCCCUGUCUCUUCCGUUGCCUCUUUCUUCCUGGGCGCCUCCUUCUGAGCGGAGAAGACGCUUUUUCCUCGCGACCUAAUGCUGUGCCUGCCUUCCGACGGAGGUUGAGAGUUCUCUCCUUCGCCUCUUGAACAGACGUUGCAGAAGACUGCAUGCAAGCAAUGCCAAGAAGACGGUGGGUACCGAGAAAGAAGGCCUGGACGAGCGGCGUCAAUUCGCGAAGCGUUCUGCAAAGCCCCUCACCCUUCGUCCGGCGAUUUCAAGACCUUGCUCUCGGCGCUUCUCUCUCUCCUUUCUGAGAACUCCUUUCUUCUCUCCUCUGCAUUUCUUUCGUCGGAACCCACUCGCGCUCUUACUUAUCUCUCGUGCUCUCUCUCUUGUCCUCUUCUUGUCUCGCUUUUCCUCUCUCUUCCGCCCUCUCUUCUUCGCAAUCCCUUGUCUUCCUCCCUCUUCGCCUCCCUGUCUCGCCUCUCCUUUCUUCUCGGUGCUCCUCUUCUUGUCUCGGUCCGCGCAGCUUUCCACGAUGGCGCUCAGCAUCGGGGCAGCAGUUUCAGACGCCAUCCAGUGGCUGUCGUCUGAGCUUCGCAGGACGCUCGACGACGAGAUGCUCGCAGAUUCGCCUGCGCUCGGCCUUCCUUCUUCUCCUUUCUCGUCGCGACGACCGAGUCCAUGCUACAGUGAAGCAGACUGUUUUCUUCCUUCUCCCGUCCGCCGCACUGCCCCCGCUGCCGCCGUCUCUCUCGAUUGUCUCCUCUCCUGGCAAGAUACCCUGGACGAAGCCUCCUGCGACUCUGCGCCGCUGGACGUUUCUUCCACUCCCUCGACUUGCGGAGAAAGUCCAGGGGGAGGGACUUCCGACUUGAAAAGUCGACUUUCGCAGACCUCCAGUGGCGCCUCGCCUCUCUGCGCCGCGCAGCGGCCGCUUGCAGGUGAAGCCUCGGCGUCCUGCACAGCUAGGCGAAACAGUCCAUUCCCUGUAGAUCCCGACCUAAACCGUCGCCUUUUCCUCUACUACGGAGAUCCUUGCUCUCUCAAAGUCGACGCCGUCGUCUGUUUCAUAAACGAAGCUUUCAAGCCGAUCGACCAUCUCGGCGCUCGACUCGCCCUCAUUGGAGGCGACGAACUCGUCGACGAGCAGCGCCAUCUCGAACGCUGCAAAGCCGGCGAGGCGCGCAUCUGUCGCUCCUUCAAUCUACCUUCUUCUCACAUCAUCUACACAGUCGGACCGCGUUGCAACAGCAAGUACGUGACGGCUACGCACAACGCGUUGAACAGUUGUUUGCGGGAGUCUCUGCUUCUUUUGGGGGAGAAGAGUCUUUCGUCCGUCGCUGUUCCUCUCUACUCCCCCGGCACUGCCGCGCGUCGCUCGCUUCGUCGCGCGUCUUCCUCAGCAGCCGCGCUCCGACCGCACAACCUCCGACGCAUGCAGCCUCGCGAGGACUCCGAGUCUCUCCCAGGAAGAGACAGUUUUUCCGCGAGAGAUGAUGCGCCGUGUCGAGACACCCGAGAGACUCCCAGUCCAGAGGUCUGUCGGCUUGCGGGGGAAGACGGAGACGAGGCAGACGCGUUUCUCCACACCUCUCUGCGCAGUCUGAGGCGCUGGAUGGAGAAGCUGCGAGAAAAACUCGACGCAGUCGUUCUCAUCGUCGACGACUGCCAAGACAUGCGCGCGUGCGAGGCCUUCGUCGGACUCUACUUCCCUCGAAACGAAGCAGAAGAGGCGGCGGCGCUGCGAGGCCUGCCUGAGGAGGUCGGCGACGCUUGCGGUCAAAUCGAAGUCGCGGAGCGGCGCAUGCGCGUUGAGCGCGAAGGAAGCAGAAGCAGUUUGCGCGCAAGUCCGUCUCUUUCUCGCGGGGAAAUCACUUCUCAAUUCGGCAGCCUUUUCAUGCCUGCGUGCGACAGCGACGCGGACGAAGAUCCGCGCGCUCCGUUCGAAGAAGCCUCUCGAAUUCUCAACUCGGCAGACGUCAGCUUCACAGACGCAAAGGCCUGCACGGAGACGGAGAAGCGCCUGCAAGCGCUCAGCGCCCCCCGGGAUCUCGCAGCCGGCGUAGACAGCGAGGCGCUGUACCACCGAUAUCUGCGGCAGGCCUCUGCAAUUGCAGACUGCACGGCGUUCAAGCAGCUUGACGCAGUCGGUUUUCUCUCUCCUCGCGGCACUGACCGCGCAGGCAGGCCUCUUAUUCUUUUCUUCGCGGCUCUCUUCCCCUCAACUCCCGUCGACGCACACCUCGUCCUUCUCUACAUUAUCAAAAGCCUCGAUCCGUACAUUCGUGACAAAUACACUCUGCUCUACGUCAACACCGAGGUUCACCACAGCCAUAUGCCGUCAAUGGCUCUUUGGAAAGAGUUUUUCCAUCUUUUUUCGCAAUACGAAAACACACUCGAUCAGCUCCUCGUUCUGCAUCCCGGUCUUCUCUUCAAAGCGGCCUUCGCAUGCAUGCGUCCUUACCUGCCCGCUCAUCUGUGGCACGGGACUUUUUAUCUCGACAGCAUCAAGGAUCUCUCGAUGCACGUGGACGACGCGCAUCUGCUGCUUCCGAAUUUCGUGGUGGAGUUCGACAAGAGACCCAGAAAGAAACUUCUAGGUCUGAGUCUCUGAGAGAAACAGAAGAACGAGGAAUCAACGGUUAAACAGGGCCAAAAGACGAGAGCAAAGGGAGGGAAGCAGGAAAAAGUAGGAGCGCCAUGCUUAAAAAAGAUGUGUACUCGGCGAGGCUGGCGCAGUCUGCUUGCAGCGGCAGAGAGGCUGCUGCAAUCGCGAGGAGAGAGAGAAAAAAGUGCAUCAUUUUUUUAAAGGGAGAGAAACGAUUCUCCUUCGGCAGAGAGGAGGUGUGUUCGUUUCGCCGGAUUCUUCUCCGAAAGGCGUCCACAUCCCUCAGAUUCUCCCUCCGAGUUCUGCGACGUCCUUGUCUCAACAUGCAUAUUGCUUUGCAGAUAAUGUAGUGAAGGCGUCCAGGGAGACUAAGAAAGAGACGGCCCUCGCUUGGAGGGUGUGGAAACUGUUUAGGAUGUUUAUGGGGACUUGAGGUCGAGAAAAGGAACGUCCGAAGAUUUUCGGUCAGGAAAAAGGACCGGCCGAAAGGCGAGAGUUUCUCGCGACGAAAGGGUCUCCUCGUCUGGGCCAGCAAAUGCAGAAAGACGGAGAUUUCGCCAAGGAAAAGGAAUUUAUCAAACGAUCCCGAGACUCGCACAGUCGAACGAAACAGCCUCAGCUGUAUGUACAGUCGCGUGACUGAGUUCUCGAGUUUUUGCUCCGUAGUCCCGUGAUCGCUCGGAGAAAAACAAGAGAGAGAAGAGACUUUCCUUCCCCCUUUGUUUCUGCGAGAGGGGAAUGUGCGGUGAACAAGGCAGAGAAAGGAAACGGAGAAAAAGACAUACGAAGAUGCUGAACUACCGUAUUUGUGUGAGGCGCCAGGAUGCUAGGUCUCUUCCCUACAAUAUAUUUUCGCACACAGAGAGAUUGCGGCUAUAUCUAUUUAUAUAUGUCGAGAUAUGUAGAGACAUAGAGAGGAAGGUUCGGAGAGAGAGAGAGAGAGCUGGAUGUCCACGGAUAAACAAGUGAACGGGGAGAAAUGGCAUACGCAUAUACACAUGUGCGUAUAUCCAUGCAUAUAUAUCUAUAUAUGUAUAUAGAUAUAUGUAUAUAUAUAUAUAUAGGUAUGUAUGUAUAUAUAUAUAUAUAUAUGCAUGGAUAUAGAGAGAGAUGCGUGCAUGCAUGUGUAUGUAUUUAUGGAGGGAGAAACACUGGAAGAGGGAGACCUGAUGAAAGAGAGCGGCAUAUGGACAAGUCGUUCUUCUUUCAGAUAGGAAUUCACGUAGUGCAUCGUCUGUUUCGGCGAUUUUUGACCAAGUUUUUGGCAGUAACUGGUGAUUGUUGCGUUUUUUUAAAGCUUCUUUUGAAAAAGCAAUACGACCGUCUUUGCGUCCAUGUUUCCUUCCUCUUGAUGCAACGACAGUCUUUGUUUCUUCCGUUUCAUCGGCGAAAUGUAGCCGAAACGCACCGUUUUGAGACUCUUUUUGUGUCAGGGUAAUACCCA